AUGUACACCCUUUACUUAAUGUUUUGUUCUCCUUUUAAAAAGAGUAAAAACCCUGACACGGGGUGUGAGUUUCCUGAAUGGGUUACAGUCCCCCGUCACUGGCACACUCUUGACGACAGCGUGUCCUACGUCUUCAGCGACCAGAACAACAGUUUUCGGAUAAAUCAUCAUAACUCUGAUUAUUCUGAUACAACGGUAUCUUGUGCUAAAGAGGUUGUUAGUUCAGCAAACACCACUGUCGUGGUUGCCUACAGCACAUCAGGGUGUGAAAACGGGUUCGUGUGUAUAAGUUUUCACCUUCGGGAUAAGCACAUCACAGAACUCCAAAUUGGAAAAUUCGCUCGGAGAGUUGAAGAUGCUUGUCAACCACCGAUUCACAUUCCUGGAAUCCAGGAGUACAUCACCUUAGUGACCUCUACUCCCGAUACUGACCAUUGUCCAGCACUGACAGAAACAAAUGGGCUUCGUAUAGAGCCAGGCCAUCUAAGCUCUCUACCAGAGAAAUGCACCAAAUACACCACAGAUAUGGUCGGUUGUCGAAGCGACUAUACCUUAGAAUUCUUGACGACCUGUUCUUCUUAUCGAGAUUUAAAACGUUUUCAGUGCCAUGGAACAUGGGAAGAGAAGGGCCGAACGUAUAUAGUGACAGGACUUGAAGAAUCUCGGCGAAAAGUUUGUUUUGUGUUCUUCGCCCGUUCACGGGUAACUCUGAUGUCAGGUUUACACGGCACUUGUUCACGUAGUGUUCAGCCCGGCGUUACAGGCAACAUAACCUUUAAUAUUACAGCAGCAGGUGACUGUGACUAUCCUUUAAACCCAGCGGCCAGCUUUACGUAUUCGGCAUGUUUAAUAUUGGCUUUUUCAUUAGCUCUCACAAGAUACAUUCGGUGAUCGGCUAGCUGUGAACAAUCCUUCCGGAAGCUUCCGUUUUCCAGGAAAGACUAGAAGAUCAAUUAAGUGCCUCUUUGUCGAAACCCUCUCAUGGUUGUUGAACGAAUUUCAGAACAGUGACUAGUCUUUCAAAGCACCUUCCCACUUUUGUUUUUCAGAAUAUGUCGUAGAACACAACAAAUGCCAUCUAAGUUGUGAAUAACUUAUUGGACAUUUAAAAAUAAUAAUCAAUGUAAUUACCUGUGUUGUGAAGAAUCAAAUAAAUCGUUCUAGAGGUUUGAUUUGAUUCUAAAACCCCUAAAGUUCGUAAAAUAAAGACUGUGAAAAGAUAUAUUUCUAUGAUGGUAUGAAUACUUGUAAGUAUAUGACUAUUUCAAAAUGGCCUACGUUAUCGUAGGCACGAGGACCAAUGAUAUGGAUUUGUUGUGGGAAAGUUACAGCUGCAUUCAGAAUAACAGUGGAUAAUCAUCUAUACAUUAAUAUUUUUGUUGCGGUAUGUGACGUAAUUUGAUUGAGAACAUUAGAAAUUGUUAAGGUUAUGUUGAAUCUCGAAACACUCAUUUUUCUAAGAAGUCGCUAAGUUGAGAGAAGAAACAAAAGGCUUGAAAGUUACACUUGCUUUACAAAUUAUAUAUAUAUGAAAACUCAAACGUUUACUCCAAAAUUAGGAGUUUUGUGGUCAAAUUCGAUCCCAGUAUUAAUAUAUUUAUAUUUGGCCUUUUAAUCACGCUAACGUAUUUCUAAAGGCUGUUGUUGUUGUUGUUUUGAAGUUGAGCACAAAGCUACACAAUGGGCUAUCUGUG